AUAAAAAAUUAUAGAGGGAGCACUAUAUCUGGACCUGCUAUUAUCCUCCAAAAGUGCCUCAAUCCAUACAAAACGACGAAUAACAAAAUUGAAUUCGAUAUCAACAAUGGCAAAUGCAGAUAGCUUGCCAGAGCCCGUCAUGAAGGUGGCAGCCAUUUCCGGAUCUCUCAGAAAAUCUUCUUUUAAUCGGGGUUUACUCCGUUCUGCUGUUGAGAUUGCGAAGGAAAUCAUACCACAUAUGGAGAUUGAGAUCUUAGAAAUUGGGCAUCUUCCAUUUGUAAAUACCGACCUGGAAGUAGACAACAGCUUCCCUCCAUCAGUGGAGGAGCUCAGGGCCAAGGUCCUGCAGGCUGACUGCAUACUCUUUGCGUCUCCAGAGUAUAAUUAUUCUGUAACUGGUCCUUUGAAGAAUGCCAUUGACUGGGCAUCCAGACCUCCCAAUGUUUGGGCCGACAAGCCUGCGGCUAUAAUGAGUGCUGGGGGAGGAUUUGGCGGUGGACUAGCUCAAUACCAUUUGAGGCAAAUUGGGGUUUUCCUCAAUUUACAUUUUAUCAACAAACCUGAGCUUCGUGUCAGAGCAUUUGAACUUCCUGCAAAAUUUGAUGGUGAUGGAAAUCUUGUUGAUGAUAAAGUAAAGGAACAGGUGAAAGAACUUCUGCUAUCGUUGUCUGCAUUUACUCGCAGAAUUCAAAACAGAGUAGUGCUAAGUUAACAGGGCGACAAAGCGAGGCAGGUGGAAAAAUCUUCCCCCUAGGGAUAUUUAAUGCAUUUAAGGUCUAAAUUUGAAAAUAAGACAUAUUUGUUAUGAAUAAAAUUAUAUAUAAACUGAGUAUAUUUAUAAAAACAAUUUUAUAUGACUACGACAGUA